UCCACUUUCCUGAUAGUACAGUAUUAAAACUUUGCUCAAUUUUGUAUGUUUAGACUUUGGACUGCCAAAUAUGAGUUCAUAAUAACAAUAUUAUGUGUUGUACAAGUAAUGCUUAAGUCGCUGAUCAUGUCUUUAUCACCUCAAAGGUUAUUAUCAGCCGCGGCUCGUCAACGUUGUGUAUCGAAGUUAAAAGAACUGCCUUCGCUAGUCGAUAAUGAUGAAAAAGCUAGUGAAAGUGCGUCGGUGCUGGUGCCCUUAUGCGUGCACGAGGGCCAGGUAUGCCUACUGUACACGCUUCGGUCCUCAAACUUAAAAAAUCACAGCGGGCAAGUGUCCUUCCCAGGAGGCAUGGCGGACGCGAACGAGACUAAUAUUGAUACAGCUUUAAGAGAAACUGAAGAAGAGAUCGGUGUUCCUCGCGACAGUGUGGACAUUUGGGGCUCAAUGCCUCGAGUUCAAGGUCGUAAUAAGAACUUAGCCAUUAAUCCAAUAGUAGGUGAGAUAAGGAAUUUCGACAUAAAGAAAUUGCAUGAAAACCCAGAUGAAGUGGAAGAGAUUUUCUUAGUGCCCAUGCAGGCGUUUUGUGAUACGAACAACCAUGCUCACUGGAUGUGGAAGGAAAUGCAGCUGCCUAUGUUCCUGUACGGGCGACACAAGAUAUGGGGCAUCACCGGAGCCAUAACACACAUGUUCCUAAACUGUUUAUUGCCUGAAGAUGAGUUUAAAGGUGGAUUUUCUAGGAAGAAGUUUCAGCUGGAGGAGCUAAUGAAUUCUAAACUAUAAUUUACUGCCCUAGAGACAACCAAUAUUGACCUCACAUGCUGGGCAUCAUUUUGGUUUAGGAAAUUAGUGUCCUAAAUAAAUAUGCAGUCAGAUUCAGAACCAUAAGGAAUCUACAGUGUUUUGAGGUCAGAAUAGUAUUAAAUGUUUUUUUUUGGGAUUAUAAAGUAAAGGAUAUUAGAUAGUUAAUGAAUAAUGAAAUGAAUGGCCAGCAACGAAAACUUUGUUUACUAUAAAAUACAAGAAAUGCUCAUGUUUUGUUACUAAUCGUGAUGUAGAUUAUAUGUGGAUUAUUAGUAUGGUUAAUUUAAUUCUAUAAUAAUUUGACUAUUAAAUAUAUUUAGGUUGUAUGUAGCCUACAUAAUGUAGGGUAAGGUAGGGUAAGGUAUUCAAAAAGACAAGAUGAUAUGAAAAGAUUUACUCACAUGUUGUGAAUAGUUGCUAUUGUCACAGUGAGAGUGUUAAUAGGGAUUAGCAAGUAUUAGAAAAUUAUUUAUUUAAUUUUCAUGGACAAAAAUUAAAUAUUAUUUAUUUUUGUACAAAUAAAUGUUAAUU